UCAAAAGUUUGUGUAUAUGUGUAUAUGUGGGGGCUGGGGGUGUGCUGUGUUUGUGUAUGUCUGUCUCUCUGUGUUAAAAAAAGCCAUAUUCAAAUACCAAACCAAUCCAGUAAUUUUAAUUUUAUGGAAGCAAAGCGACCAAUGUUUACUGAACUUAUUACGUACUUAAUUAAUUAUUGAUAAAGUAUAAUAACGUAAUUAAUUGUUGAUAAAGUUCAAAUUAGAGAUAGGUAUUAACCUAAAACAAGAGAUAUGAAUAAUGAUGAUUUACCAGAUGAUAGCGAUUCUAGCGAUGAAGACUAUGUACCCAAUGAAAAGGUAGAGGACUUACCAUCAGAAAUUGACGAGGAUGAUUCGAUAUCCGAAUCAGAAGAAACUAGCGGAAAAUCUUCUAGAAAGAAAAAGAAAAGCCGCAAGAAAAUUGUAAAGGAUAAAGUCGAUAAUAAAAAUGAAGCUAUCGAGGAAACCAAAUCUGAAGAAACAAAAGCGAAUGUUGAUGAUCUAUGGGCAGAUUUUGUUAAAGAUACAGGUUUUAAAACAAAAGGCAGUAUUAAAUCAACUCAACCUACAUCCUUAAAACCGAAGGAAAAUAUUAUCAAAUCAAGUAGUUCUUCCCAAUCAUCUAGUACAGAAUCAAAGCCAGCUAAUAAAGUUAAAGUCACACAAAUUUUUGAAUUUGCUGGAGAAGAAGUUAAGGUGGAGAAAGAAGUUAGUGCAGAUUCAGCCGAAGCUCGUUUAUUAGGAACAAAUACAGAACAAAAUGUUUCUGGUGGUAAAAGUAAGAGAUCUGCUGGACUGGGUGGCAUAGGUAAUGUUCUGAAUCAGCUCACUAAAAAGCCUAAAAUUAGUACAUUAGAAAAAACCAAAUUAGAUUGGGAUAGCUAUAAAAGGGAACACGAUAUCGAAGAAGAAUUACAGACUUUUAAUAAAGGCAAAGAUGGAUAUUUAGAGCGACAAGACUUUUUACAAAGAACAGACGUUAGAAGAUUUGAAAUUGAAAAGGGCCACCGUGAAGUUGAAAGAAAUAAACGAUUCAACAGUGCACAAUAAGCAAUUUAGAACGCCGCGCCGUUCUAAAGUUAACUUGCAAGAAGCAGGUUUGAGAAAGUUGAGAGGCAGUUUAUUAUUAAUUAUGACUGCAACUUUAAAUAAUUUAUCUUUUUAUAUCGUGAUUAAGUUUUAUUAUACAAUACUUUAUGCAUGAUACUGUAUCCUAGUUAGGUACUAGUUAUACAAAAAAGUUUCUGAAAAUAAAGUGCCAAUACUUCAGAAAGGUAAUAAAUAAUA